GUUUUUAGCAGAAAGAGGAAGUGAGACGGGCCGCUGAAAGCCCCAUGAGCCAUUCAGCUCAGUCCUUCCUCAGCACAAUGAGAAGGGGAAGUGUUCGCAGCAGCACAGUUCACUUAACUUCAGCCUGAAAACAAACGGAGCCCAACAGAUCCAAAUUCUACAGGUUCCAUUAGCAGAGUGUCACCAUGGCUCAAGGCUGCCUCAAGUGUUUAAAGUACACCAUGUGUGUCGCCAACUUCCUCUGUUUUGUGUGUGGAGUGGCGGUUCUGAGCUUCGGUGUGUACCUGAUGGUGAAUUUUAACUUCACUGCUCUCACCCCGUCUCUGGCCAGCCUCAACAUUCCCAGCAUGCUGCUGAUCAGCGGCAUCAUCAUCACCUGUGUGUCCUUCUUGGGGUUCCUGGGGGCUCUGAAGGAGAACCGCUGCCUCCUCAUGACGUUUUUCCUGGUGAUCUUCAUUCUGAUGCUGGUGGAGCUCACAGCAGCAUGCCUGAUGCUCAUUUAUGAGGCCGAGAUUGGCGACAUAGUGACAAAGGAUCUCAACAAAGGUUUGGAAAGCGCAAGAAAUAAUCAAACUAAAAUAACUGACUGGGAUAUUGUUCAGAACACGUUUAAGUGCUGCGGAGUCUAUAACGCCAGUGACUGGGGAAAUACAAUCCCUGAGUCCUGCUGUGUGGAAACAUCAUGUUCCUCAAGAAAGGACCCGGAGUACAAAGAGGGCUGUUUGAAAAAACUGAAAGAAUGGUUUGAAGAAAACUUCCUAACUACCGGGAUCGCAGUCAUUGUUCUAUGCAUCAUUGAGGUCCUGGGAAUGUGCUUCGCCAUGACGCUCUUCUGCCACAUCAGCAGGUCUGGACUGGGAUACAAGUUAUAAACACCUGGUGGCCUCACAUCGUUGUACAGUUAUAAGUCCUCCUUAAAAGCCUUGAAUGAAAUUUAAUUUUCUUGGACAUUAUUAAAAAAAAAAAGAAGCUUCAUUGUAUAGAUUUUAUUAUUCACCUCACAUGACACCUCAGUGUGAAGUGAGCACUGCUGUUUUUUUACUUGUUGCAGUUUUUCCUGCAUGUCUUUAUGUUAAACAGUUUCUGAUGCAGUUAUUUGUCUCCGUCUCUGCUCAGCCAAUAAAGUUUGGUUCACUCAAAGCUGA